UGCGUAAACGGCUGCGAGAAUCGCCGCCGCGCGCGCUGUUGGCGUAAGCGGCGGGACUUUGCUCCCGCCCCGCCGCCGCCGAGCGCAGCGCUGCCGUCCCGCCGCCAUGGCCGCCCCGGGGCCGGUGCGGCUCUUCCGGGCCGCCGCCGCUUCCUCCCGCCGCUGGCUCUUCUCCUCCACCUCGCCGGCAGCCGGGCCGAGGCCGGGCUGCAGCGGCGCUGCCGCUGCUGGGAGGGCAGCGCGUUCGUUCAGCCUGUCUGCCCGGGCGGUGCUCAGCUCAGAAGAUAAAAUAACUGUUCAUUUCAUAAACCGUGAUGGUGACAAACUAACAGCCAAGGGAAAACCAGGGGAUUCACUGCUGGAUGUUGUUGUUGACAAUAAUCUAGAUAUAGAUGGUUUUGGUGCAUGUGAAGGAACGCUAGCCUGUUCAACUUGUCAUUUAAUAUUUGAAGACCACAUAUUUGAGAAACUGGAUGCAAUUACUGAUGAAGAGAUGGACAUGCUGGACCUGGCUUAUGGCCUCACAGAAACAUCACGUUUAGGCUGCCAAAUCUGCUUGAAGAAAUCAAUGAAUGAUAUGACUGUUCGAGUACCAGAAGCUGUGGCUGAUGCUAGACAAUCAGUAGAUAUGAGUAAAAACUCCUAAAAGAAAAUAUCCUAGGGGUUUUAAAGAAGCUUAAUUAUUUUUAUAACUUAUUUUUAAAUGUGUAAUUAAAUAUGGAAACUUACAUAAUUGUGAGUUAUUUUAUAUGACUAUCAAUAUUAGAUUAUUGCUAUUUUAAUUUUCUUUAUAGAACCUCUUAUAUUUUUACGCUUAAAAUGCAAUAAUACUUCUUAUAAGUAAUCAUUGGAUUAUAAACAUUAGCAAGUGUAUUACAGAUUUCAUAUAAUGUUAUUCUGCCAAAACAUUUAAUGACAUGUAAAAACUGGAUCACUUGUACAGGACUUCUUCUAAAACAAACUCUGAGCAUUUCUAGGUGUCAGACCUGAAUGUGUAAGAGAAAAGAACUUAUGGGACUGCACAGGGUCUUUCUGAAGUGUUGCCAUUAAAGAUGGUGUGCUCAGAGCUAGUUAAAAUUCUCAGUAAAUAUGACAAUUCCUCAGCAAAUAGUAGAUUUUCAGAAUAGGAAUUUUCCAGACUUUGGAAUCUUAAUGAGAUGUGGCAGAUGUUGUCUUGUGAAAAUACUGCUAAACCCAUGAGUUCUAGGAGCUGUGUUAUGGUCUAACCCAGCAGGCAGCUAAAUGCCACGCAGCCAUCCAUUUGCUUGCACCCCACAACUGUCCACUCCCUUUCCAAAUGGGAUGGGGAGGAUAGACUUGGAGGGGAAAAAAGUAACAUUGAUAUGUUGAGAUAAAGACAGUUUAAUAGGACAGAAACAGAAAGGAAAACAACAGUAAUGAGGACAAAUAAAAUACGUAAAACUAGUGAGGCACAACACGAUUGCCCACCACCUGAUGAGUGAUGCCCAGCCAGUUUCUGGGCAGUGACCCCUAGCAAGGUUUUGCCCCAGUUGAUCUUUUGAGCAUGACACCAUACAGUGUGGGACCUCCUGUUGGUCACUUGGGGUCAGCAGUCCUGGCUUUGUGCACUCCCACAAGGUGAGGUGAGAAUCUGAAAAGGCCUUGACUGAGUUGAUGCUAAGCCGUGUUUACAUAAAAACACCAGUGUGUUAUCAGCAUUAUUCUGAUUCUAAAUUCAAAGCAGUACUUUACCAGCUACUGGGAAGAAAAUCAGCUCACUCCCAGGUGAACCCAGGACAGGUGGAUGCAGGAUGUUGGCACCUGCAGCUUAACCCUGGCCCAAAUGUCAGUAAACCUCAAUAAUAUUUAUAUUUGACUACACCACAAAUACUGCGGUAGACCAGGCUUAGAAGAAUGAAUCCUUGGGGCUGUGUAAUGGGAGAACAAUGGGAGAACAUACCCAGUGGAAUUGCAAUUUACCCAUCACAAACUCUUAUUGUUCUCUGAAUAUGGCUGAGUUGGGAUUGAACAGGGCAAUGUUUGUCAGUGUCAGGUUUGUUCUGAAAUCUUUAUUCCUUUUUAGUUUUGAGCUUGUGCAGGAGGCACUCUGACAUUAGCUAGAGUGUUCAGCUUUUGAAGAAAUUGCUUGAUUCCGGGCCUUGCUCGCAGGAUCAUUUCAGUAAUGGUUGAUGGAAAAUGACCAAGUUUAUUUGUUUCAUAAAAAUGGCCUAGGUUCCCCAGAAGGUGUGGGGAAACCCCCAUGGUGAGAUAUGUCUGCAUUGAUGAUGAAGAGCUUCCAGUUGAAUAUUGGUUCAGUCUUUCUAAAGUAGUCCUAAUAAAAUAAUGUUUCUAUGACUACUAUUAUCUCCAACUUUACAUAAAUACUUAUGUGAACUGGCUGUCACCAGUAGUUAUUAACUUUUGAUUUUUUGGGCAUUUAUAUAUAUAUAAACAAACAAUGUUUGUUUACAUUUGGGUGAUCUAGUGCAUUCAUUAAUGGUUUGAACUGGUAACAAUGCCAUCUGGACAUCUUUUCUUGUAUUAUUAUAUGUAUGGAGGAGAGAAAAAUUAUUUUUCCAGUGUCAAAUAUUGGAAUUAUUUUGAGCUUCAUUAAGAGGAAAAACAAGUUCCUCUUUGUUAUAAGAAUGAAUAUUUUCUAGAACUGUAUUGAAAAUAGAUGUGGGUUAGAUUCUUUUACUUUCUCUCUUAGUUACCUCGUUUCCUUCUGUUACCUUUCAACUUUAUCCUAAUGCAAGGUAUACUAAUUGUGGUCUGCUCAAAACUUGAACAUGUAGGGGUUUCAGAAUACAAUUCUGAUGUAAUCUGAUUCAAACUAAGACUUCAGAAUUAAAAUUUCUAGACCUUUAUGAAUUGCAGAGAGAGAAAGGGUAGGGAGAAGGGUGGGUAUAAGUUGAAGAAAUGUUCUGAAGAUGCUGCUGCCUUCUUUUUCUGCUGCUGUGACACUAACCAUGACUGAGAGGUUGCCCUCACACAGUCAGACAUUAAGGUAAAUCUCACCGUGUAUUGCCUUUGUCCUGAGCUCAUUUAUAUACAGUUAUUACUAUUAAAUCUUGAGGUUUUGGGUUUUUUUACAUGAGACAGCUCAUCAGCUUCCAAGAGGGGGAACUGGGGUCAUAACCAGAUGUGUUGUGCAUUUAUAUAUCAGAAAGAAAUAUGAGGUUUCAGUAUACCUGUGAGGUUUAGGGGUAGAUGUUAAUAUUUGUUGAGUUUUGGGCUCUUCUUGGUUUGGUUUUUUUUUGGUUUGGUUAUAUGGGGGUUUUUUUCCAUUGGGUUAUUUGAGGUUUUUUCACACAGCACCAGGUAUUUCUUGUGGGAAUCUUGAAGUGCUUAACACUGUGUUAAACAAAUGUGAAACAGCUCCCAAGUGAGUUUUCUUUCUAAGCCAAGGUGGUUUUGUUGUGUGUUUCCUGUGACAGCUUCUCAUUACAAAGACUUUGACUCUCCUACAGUGUGCCUGUGGAAUGAAUCACUCAUCGCAGCAAGGCAAAAAAAAAGGACACUUCGAAGUUCAUUUUGAAUUCUAGAAGUAUCCCAUACUGCAUGCAAAUGGAAAUCUCAGAACACAAAGGAACUGACUUGUAAUCCCUAAAAUGCACAGCCCAGAGAUACUAGUUUAUUGUCAAAAUUAUUUGCAAAUAAAUCUUAUUUUUAACCUCUUUCUGA